UCUUGAACCAAAAGAAAGACGAAAAAAGAAAAAAGAAAAAAAAAAACAGAAAAGAAAAUCCCCUCCUUCUAUCUCGCUCCCUUCGCUGCGAACGCCUCAGUGAUCAGAGAUGGCAAAUGACAUGUUGAAACAUGGAGAUGAUCCCUCUGGCUCUACUUCACCAUUACAAUGGCUUAAGGAAAGUGAAAUCCCUGUUAAAAACGACGAAGUUGCUAACUUCAUGGGGACUCUCAACAAUCGUAAUGCUUCUGGAGUUGAUGAUAUAACCAUGCCAUGUACCACAACACCGUUUUCUCUUUUUCCUUUUGGAGACAUGUAUGGAAUGACUAACUCUUAUGCCAUGGAAAUGCCGCUGACUGGUAUAAAUUUAAUGACUGAUGUCACUCCAUUCAGCAACUCUCAGAAUCCAUUUUUUGACUAUGAUUCUGUAUACGCGGAGGGUCAUACACCGGUCCUACCAAGCCCAGUUUCAAAUUUUCUUGGUUUGGAAGGGAAAAAAACUGAAUUUAGUCAAUAUCACACCCUUGAUUAUUCAGUGCCUCCUGAUAAUGUGGUCAGUGCUACGUCUGAUGUCCACAUUAUUCAAAAUUCUUAUUUUGACAGGAAAUUAGUAACUGCUAAAGGAAAUUCAGCUGCAGCCUUAGAAAGUAUCCAGCGGAGUGAAGAACUAAAUAGUAAUACAGGUAGGCCUCAGCUAUUAAGAAAUUUCAUAAGUGAUGGAGUUAGCAAUACUGUGCCAUGCCAUGCCAUAGAUGGCGUAGACAUUGCACUAAAUAAAAAUUUCAUGGCAAGUGAAGUUCAAGAGGAUUGUCCAGACAAAUUUGAUGCGAGUCUCCUAACCCUGGGAAUUGGCACGAAGACGGAGGAUUUAUCUAAAUCUAAUAGAUCAGGAAUAAAUGUCACUAAUAAUUUUGGAAGGGUUCCCCUUCCUCAACCAAAUACUUUCUAUGGUCGAAAAGAAGACAGAGGUUCCUUGAAUCCUUCCUCUGAUGUAGCUGCUGGUUUCCCUUGUCUUCAGAACAAUGUGGGUGGAUUUGCUGUGAUGAAAAACAACAUGCCACAAGAUGAUGACCAACAUCAUUUUCUUAUGCCGGGAAACAGGAAUGUUUGUCUUGGCGUUGAGGGGAACUGGGAUACAAGAUCUGCAUAUAUUGAUCCACCUAAUGACAGUUUUCAGUACAGCCCUGCUGUAUCUUUCAUACCAGUUGGUAGCAGCUUAGCUGAGCUCCCUGAUUCCGGAUGGAGCAGGGCAAAUGGGUUGGCAUUAUCACCUUCUUCGAGUACAAGUACUUGUCUGACUGUAUCUGAAACUUCCAGGAACCUCUUUUCUGAUUCAUCCAUGGUUUUUCCUCCUAUUUGUGUCACACGAAGCACUUCCCUGCACGAUGAGUUCGGGAAGCUUUCCACAGCUAACCAGGGUAUUGCUGCACAAGUUGCUGAAAGAGGUCAUGUUCCAGGGAAAUUCUGGUUUAGCCAGCUACCUAGUAAUUCUUGUCAACGUCAAGUCAUUGGUGCUGUUCAGUCUUCUACAGACCUUUCUAGAUCCAUGAUGACUGGUGAAGAAGUUCCAAUUACCAAACUUAAUAGGAAUGUUCAGGGUUCUAGUGCUUUGGUUGGAACAUCUCUUAAGAGGGUUGCGGAAGAACCCCCAGAAGCGGCUUCCCAAGCACACAAAAAGAGAAGAGCCCAAUCUUCUGUUGGUCCAUUUGCUCCAAAUUUGCCCCUGCUUGUUCCAUCACUACAUUUAUCCAACGCAUCUAAUUUGACAGUCCCAGGUCCUACUGCUCCUUCUCUCCCACACCAAGUCAAAAGUACUGCAUUACUCCCACCCCUACCCCAGACCAGUCAGUCUCUCCCACUCCAAGGCAAAGGUACUGCAUCACUCCAACCCGUAUCUGAGAAUGCUCCCUCUCUCCCAACCCUAGUUAGGCGUACUGCUGUACUCCCACCCUUGUCCCAGAUUGCUCCCUCUCUCCCAUCCCAAGCCAAAACUAUUGCAUCACACCAACCCCUACCCAAGACUGCUUCAUAUCUCAGACUCAAAGGCAGUACUGCGUCACUCCCAUCCGUAUCCCAGAAUGCUCGCUCCCUCUCAUCAAUGCACCAAAUUGUUCCUCCAGUCCCAUCUGAAGCCAAAACCACUCAAUCACACCCACCCCUACCCCAGGCUGCUCCAAAUCUCAGAUCCAGAGCCAGAAGUAUUACGUCACUCCCAACCCUAUCCCAGAAUGCUCCCUCUCUCACACCCCUGCCCCGAAUGGCUCCUCCACUCUCAUCCCAACCCUCGAGUGCUCCACCACUCCCACAGAAAAUUUGGACUGCUAAACCUCUUCCAGAGAAAUCUCAGACUGCUUCACCACUCCCAGCAAAAUCUCAGACAGCUUCACCACUCCCAGCAAAAUCUCAGACAGCUUCACCGCUCCAUUUGUCUCCCCAGAUUGCUCCACCUCUCCCAUCCCAGCCCCAGACUGCUUCAACUUUCCAUAUAAAAUGGCAAGGUUUUGGUCAAACUCAAACUCAGCCAAUUGGGCACAAGUGUUUGAUAUGCAAGAGGGAUCUUUCCUUCACACCGGAAGGCCCUGUUUUCGUGCCAGCUAUUCGACCAGUUGUUGCUGUUCUACCGUGUGGCCACACCUUUCAUGACCACUGCUUGAGGCUUAUCACCCCUGAAGAGGAAGUGAAAAAUCCUCCGUGCAUUCCUUGUGCCAUCGGUGAGAGUUGAAUCUAGGAUUGGUUCAACAUGUUGAAUCCUUCAUGCCUUCCUUGUGCAUUAGUUUUUCAAAUAUAUAAUCCGGUUUUCUUACGGCUGAAGUGGUGAUUUGGUCCAUAAAUAUAUAGAUCAUUAAAAGUUGUACAUAGCAAACCCAUUUCCUGAAUAUGGAUCGUACUUCUGCAUGCUGUGCUUUUGCCAUUGUAUGAACCUAAAGUUUUCGUCAUAUCCUGCCACCACAGGGUUCUAAAAUUUAAAGUUUUAGGGCUAAGUAUUA